AUGGGUCUCGUGCUGUAUUCAAUCCUGGCUCUAUGGUGCGCGGAAGUCCAUGGCUUUCAAGAUGGCGAGCCAAUGCGCUUCGAGACUCCAAAAAUGAAUGAAGAAGAGCAACAUUCGCCUCACACUCCAAAAUCCUUUGAGAUAACAUGUGAUGCUUGCACUGCUAUUGCAUAUCAGGUAGUUUUUACCUUUGGUAAAUGCUUGUCCAAUAUAAUAUCUUAAAAGAGCUGGAACACGUAUUUAAAGCUAAAAAAAAUGUUUACAAUCGAAAAUGGUUUGUGUAAUUUUACGCUUAGAUCACAGAUUGCCGAUACCAAUUUAUGUGUUUAACCGCAGCUGAUACCAUAAUCGAUACCAGCUAAUUUUUCACGGCGAAUACGGGUUUUUAUCAUUGCAUGCCCAUAAGCUUUUUGAUAACUAUAAGACUUUAAACUUGCAAAGCUUUAGCCAUAUCUAGUUUCUUUAACUAAAUACGUUUUCUUGUCAUUCUGUUGUGAUCAAUUUUUCAGUCAGAAUUAAGACGAAUUUGCAUGUCAGCAGCAGUGAAGAAGAUUGACUGUGAAUUGACCACUCCAGAAAAUACCAGAACAUACCAUAAUGCUCUUUGUUUGUCACCCCAGCAUUUUGCACAAACAUUGUUUCCAGUUUCUCUUGGGGCCAUUUUAACUCCCAAGAGAAACUGAAGACAAUGCUUAUGCAAAUUUUUUGGGUGACAAACAAAGAGCAUUAUGGUAUGUUAUGGUAUUUCUGGAGUGGUCAAUUGUUAACUGCUAGUGUGACUACUGUAAUGGGGGACACUUAGAAAAAGUUGACCAAUCAGAUUGCAGGAAAAUGACAAUACAUUACAAGAAAGUUGGUUCUUUGAAUAUUUUUAAUACCCAUAAUCCACACUGGAAGUCCUUCCACUAGGAGAUGUGGGACAUGUCAUGAUUUUUCCCACUUCUCACUACUUUUCGCAGCUCUAGGUUCAGAAUCUCAAGAGUUUUGCAGUUGGUAAUUCUGAGAUGGAACAAAACUUUGUUUAGCAUUUGUGACGAGAAAUAUAAGUAAGCUCUAGGUCCUUGGUACCCUGGGUGCCAGAGACUUUUCUAGCGCAAUCUCCGGUUUCUGUCAAGUCCUUAUAGUGAGUCUUAAACUCUUCGGUAUGGCCGAAGAGGUGUCGGCCUUCGGCCAACACCGGAAAUUUCCGCCGCACAUGAGAAAAACCUCUGGUACCCAGGGUAGGUCCUUGGCUCCAGGUGUGACUUAUUUAUGAACUGGACCUUUUUAGUUUUAUCAGAAAAAUUUGUUCUAUCUGUAUUCAAUUCCAAAUUGUCAACUUUGCUAAGCUAUCUCUGCAUCUAUGUUUUGAUUUUGUCACUUUGUAGAUGGAAAACGCACUGAAAAAGGCAGAGGAAAAGAAACCCUCCCUGAAGGGAAAACCUUUACCAGAAUCAGAGCUCAUUGAUUUGUUUGAAACUGUUUGUGAUAAAUCUUGGGAUGAGUAAGUACUCUGUUUGAUCCUUAUUAUUGUGUUUUUCUUUUACUUAAAAUUGUACUCUCUUUAAGCAGAAGCUAGUCUCCAUUGCAGCUGUUUUUGUCAUGUGGUGCAACAUCCCCCAAAGUAAUUGUGUGACAUCCCAGUCGGAAGCAGAGGCAGAAGAACCAAACCAAUCACAAAGCUUGCGGACAUGCAUUGUGAUUGGUUUAUCCUUUGGCUUCUGCUUCCGACUCCGACAAUCUGGUUUUCCCUAGAUCAUAAGCGUAAUCUAAGCAACGGAGUUGGAAGCAGAGUCGAAAGAAAUGAAAAUGUUUUGAUUCUCCUGACUCCAAUUCCGUUGUGCUCAUGACUCCGCUUAUGACGCUGAUUUUUGAUUUUCACUAGGUUAUAAGUGCUCUCAUGACUCUGCUUAUGACUCCAACUCCGACUCCGUUGCUAGUGAAAACCAGCCUUAAGAGGCAGCAAGUUUGAGGUUCAGUUUUUGUUCUGCCAGGGCUUGAACAGAGGCCUCUUGCAAUUCAAAUGAGCUAACCAGGCCUUAAGUUACGUGAAGGCAAAUAAGUACGUAUUAAUUAAUAUUUUUCUAAUUUUUUUCCUUGCUUGGCAUUUUAAUUUUCCAGCUAUGGUAUAAAGACCGUCAAGGGAGUGAACCGAUUGUCUGGUCCAGGCCUUGAAGCUAAAGAUGUCCCUGGCAUGAUGCAAGGAGGAGGAAAAUGGCCAGGAAGGUAGGUUGUGUGAACGUAAAUAUAAGUGGUGUGUGAUAGAAAUCCUAACUGGCCUCUGAUCAACUGCUGACUUCUGCUUCUAAGUUCUUUUGUAUUUGCUUGUAAACCAGAAAAGAGAAUUUGGCACACUUAUGUUAAGAGUCAUGGAGCACUUUAUUGUACAUUUAUUUGAAAAGGCUUUUAUUGUGGGCCUGAGCAAUUAAAGAAGAACAACAGGAAUGAGGUUGGUGGAAGAAGUGACAGUUGUGGCAGCAAAAUUCAAGUCGUUCCAAAAAACUAUUACAAUCUUUAUUUUUAUAAACCAAAGGCAAAACUUAGGUAUCAUCAUUGCCAUUUUUGCCAUCAUCAGCAUCAUCAUCAUCAUUAUUAUCUUGGCUAUAAUGCAAUUAAGGCCUUGUGAAAAUUGAGACUUUGCUAGUCAGUGGUUGUUCCUUAACUCUUCAAGGUUGGCAGUAUCCACAUACAAAUUCUCCUGACUGAUCUGCAUACAUUUCCUUGAAGAAUUAGUCGAGAGAAUUUGAUAAAAGAUCAAAGCGUUUGGGGCAACCUUUGCACACUUCAGAGUGGAUCUUGCUUUGCAUUUAUUUUCACUUGCCUUCUGGCAUAUUGGCACAUAAAUGCAUACAAGUGAAGUGAGUUUUUAAGGUUUGGUGACUGUCUGCUUGACUCCAGAGCUUAUUUCCUAUUAUUUUUAAUAAUUAUGAUUUUAUGGUUAUAUUUUAAGAAAAUUGGUAUUCGUGUUUUAAACAUAGUCUUUUUUUUUAAGACUGGCAACGAAAUGUGGGAAUUUAGUUGGAGAUAUUGGAGAAGAUGAACUUUAUGCAGAAUACAGAAAAGGGAAGAAUCUCUUCAACUUUUUAUGUAAAGAUUAUACCAAUGACUGUGUGCAAAAGGAAAAGGAGGAAUUAUAA